AUGCAAUACCAACUAUUCUUUAUACCAUUUUAUGCAAUCUACACUUUGUCUACGCAUAUCGAUAGAAAUAACUCUGAUGUUAUAAUAACAUAUACGGGACACAAUGAGGCUGACAGAGUGAUGAAGGACAAAACUAUAAAAGAACCAAUAAUAAAUCCAGAUGUCGAAAGUCCACAUACGGAAGAUUUAACUUUCACAGAAGCAAAUGAGGUCGUUUUUAUACCUAAUGAAAAAGAAGUAUUUAGAAAUGAGGAUUAUCGAGACGUUAAAGUACAUGAUCUUAUAGAAAACACUAAUGUACGUAAUAUUAUGAAAACUGAACAUAAAACUGAAAAACCAGUCGGAGAUAUCAUAUUUAUAUCGGGUAAAAACCAUGAAAAUGUUGAAUCUAACGAUAGGCCCAAGGUAGAAGAAAGAAAACCAACAGGCAAGAAAAUGAAAAUGAAUUGUAAUAAUCUCAAUUGUAAUAAUACGAUGGCAUCAAUAUGCGGCAUCAAAGAAGAAGAUAAUAAGAUUAAAUACAGAUUAUUUUUAAACGAAUGUUUCUUUAGAAAAGUGAAUUGUGCAUUUAAAUACGCUAACAACCGAUACAAAGUAGUGCCGAUGGAACAUUGUAAGAAUAUCGGCGGUCGAGUAAUACCUAAGCCAUACGCACCCAAGCCAAAUGUAGUCCAGAAAGGAGAUACAAGAAGGAGUUUCUCUUCUAGAAGGACCUUAAACAUGGGAAUAGAUGGAGCAUUCUGCGGCCACUCAUGCCCUGACCACUGCACUGAAGACUACGAGCCGCAAUGCGCAGUGUCAGCCAGUGGCGAACGGCGCGUGUUCGUCAAUCAUUGUGUAUUGGAUUAUAACUCUUGCUUGCAUGCCGCUGUUUGGCAACGCCGUCCUUUAUCUGAGUGCGUCGGUGGCAAGAAGGCUGAUUUAAGACAAAAUAGAGGUUUCAUCGGUUGGCUUCAAAGAGUUGGUAUUGUCGAUAAACGAGGAAGACUUGUAUUGUCAAAAUAA